GGAGGAGGGGAGGAGGGAGGAGGGGGCGCGGAAGGGUGGAGGGAGGAGAGAGAUAAGUUUGGAGAAGGAAAGGAAAGAAUUGGGAGGGAAGCGAAAGAAGCCUGGAAGCAGAAGUGGGCGGGGCCCAAGAAAGAACAGGGUAAAGUUACACAUAAGACAACAAAGGCCAGCAGGCAGGAGAGAGAGAGGGAGGGAGAGAGAGAGAGAGAGAGAAAGAGAGAGAAACUGAAAGAGAGACAUCUACAGAGAACACGGGCGAGAUAACAGAAAAAGGGAAGAUGGCUUUAGGUUCAACUUUAUGACGUAAGAUGACUGCUGGUAAAUGACAAGUGCGAAAGAAGGAAGGAAAGAGUUGCUGGUGGAGGAGUGCGAGGGUUAAAGAGAAAGAGGAGAGAGAGAGAGAGAGCAAUAGAGAGAGAGGGAGGUAACUACAGUACACUGAGCAGGCUGUGAAUUGGGCGUCUUGCCUUUACGCUGAGUUGUUUUAGAUGAACAUGUGAGCAAAAGUUUGCAGGCAGAUCACACUACGGACACACCGAGAGAGCGAGAGAGAGAGCGAGAGAAAAACAAACCUGACCAUGCUGUUGAAAGAGUACAGGAUAUGCAUGCCUCUUACUGUAGAGGAGUACAAGAUUGGGCAGCUGUACAUGAUCAGCAAGCACAGCCUCGAGCAGAGCGGUGGAGGGGAUGGGGUGGAGGUGGUCCGUAACGAGCCCGACAUGCACCCCCAGUACGGACAAGGCCAAGUCACAGAGAAACGCAUUUACCUCAGCAGUAAACUGCCCUCCUGGAUGAGGAAGUUUGUGCCCAUGAUCUUCUACGUGACGGAAAAGGCCUGGAACUUCUACCCCUACACCGUCACAGAGUAUUCAUGCUCCUUCCUUCCUAAGCUGCAGGUCAAGAUUGAGACGCGCUUUGAGAAUGACAACGGCAGCAACGAGAACGUGUUUGGAGACGGCCCCACUCCCCGAGACAGCGUCUGCUUCUUAGACAUACUGAGCGAUCCAAUUCCGGACAAACACUACAAAAAAACAGAGGACCUGAGCAGCUGGGUGUCCAAGAGGACGGGCCGGGGCCCCCUGGUGGACGGCUGGAGGAACAGCGCCAGGCCCAUCAUGUGCUCCUACAAGAGAGUGCAGUGCAGUUUCGAGGUUUAUGGCUUCCAGAGCAGGACAGAGGAGUUCAUCCACAGGAACAUUCGGGACAUCCUGCUGGUGGGACACAGGCAAGCAGUGGCAUGGACAGACGAGUGGCAUGGGAUGAGUCUGGAGGAAGUGAGAGAGUUCGAGAGGAAGCUGCAGCAGGAGACCAACAGCAAGCUGAAGUGCGACAGGACCGACUCAGGCCCAGCGUCCCUGCGCCCCUCCUUCUCCCGCUCCCUCUCUGUCACGGAUGAGUCGUCGUUGAAGAAGAUGGGCCUGAAGACUGUGUCUAUCCCGGACUGUUCAUCCCGUCCCUCCUCUUACUCAGUCAAGAGCCCUGUGAGAUUGAACUCUAAUCCAGAAUGACCCCCCUUCUUCCACCACGGUCCUUCUGCAGGGAUUAAACCACCUCAACAACUGCAGCUGGACAGAACUUUGUACUUUUCAAAGAUGUUAAAGGUCACAGUUUCAAUAGGAUGUCUAUAAUCAUUGUUAGAGUAAAAUAAAUAUAAGCUACGCACAGAUUUUUUAAAUGCCAAAUCCACUCACUACCUGUGAGAGGUUCCCUCCUUCAGGUUAGCUGCUAAUCUAUCUAGUGGCAGCUAAUAACUCCAAAGGCGUGGUCUGUGCUCACCUCACCAAGCUGCCUUAAGGCCCACACACUAGCUUCAAAAUUAGUCAGGAAUGAGCCGCACCGCAGAAAUCCUAUAGCAAGCAGAACUUUGACAUGAGGAUUUGCAUCAUUGACCAAUAGCACAACUGCGUUAGCUGUGUUGACCUCUGUCCUUCGUGUAGCACCACAAGUGAAAACAUCAAGGGCUAUGUUCACAUUACAAGCCUCAUUGCUCAAAUCCGAUCUCUCUGACACGAUGGUUCACACUCGUUUAGGUAAGUAACUCAAAUCUGUCAUUAAUGUGAUAA